UAUGCGCAGAUAAUAAUGGAUUGUGCCCAAAAGUUUCCAAUAGACCAAAGUGAUAUAGAACAGUUGAGAAGUAGGCAGAUGCCAGACAAAGAGAAUGUGAAAUGUCUCUUCGCUUGUGCUUAUAAAAAUGCUGGAAUGAUGACGGAAGAUGGAUAUUUAUCCGUGGAAGGUACCAACAGACUAGCGUUGUCAUAUCUUUCCGAAGAUCCUUCGCGUCUCAAGAAAGCUGAGCAAUUUACAGACGCUUGCAAAUUCGUGAACGAUGAAAAUGUUAGCGACGACAGUAAAGGCUGCGAAAGGGCAGCUCUGAUAUUCAAAUGCAGUGUGGAGAAAGCAGCUGAGGGAAUGACCGAUGCGCAAAUAAAAGCAGAUUUUAUUAAGGUUGUAUUAGGAUGUGCCAGAGACAAUAGUGUGGAAAUAAAAAAAAUAAUGGUACUGGCAACUUAUAAUGUCCCAAAUAAUAAUGAAGUUAAAUGUGUUCUUGCCUGCGCUUACCAGAAAUAUGGAGUUUUAAACAACGCAGGCCUGUAUGAUUUGGACGCUGCGUAUAAGCAAGCUGAAACAUAUAUGGAAGGUGAUACAGUGAGGCUAAAGAAUUCAAAAAAAGUCGCGGAAAUAUGUACAAAAGAAGUGAAUAGUGCAACAGUCAGUGACGGUGAUAAGGGUUGUGACCGAUCCGCUUUAAUCUUCAAAUGUCUAGUAAAGCAGGCCCCCCAGUAUGGGUUUAAUGUAUGAACGGCGAAAAAAAACCACGGAACCAAUUUUUCCAACCUGACUUAUUGUAUUAAAUGCUCCAC